UAUCCAAUACCCAAAAGCAAAAGGAGAAUCCAAAGAAAGAAAAAAAAGAUUAGAAUUCAACUGCAAAACCCAGUCUUUCCCUUUGUCAGAAGAUUUUGGCCUUACUUUCUUAAGUCAAAACCUACUGCAAAACAAUAGGAAAAAUACUUAAAAAGCUUCCUUUUUUAAAGACCGGGCUUUGGCUCCCUCUCUCUUUUGUCGUUGCUUUUGUUUAACUUUCAAUGGCGCUGCACGUAAUGUGGAUUGUUUUGUUGCUUUUUCGUUGGGUCCAUUCUCUACCAGCUGGUGACAGUCUCCUCUCCCCAAAAGGAGUUAACUAUGAAGUGACUGCUUUAAUGUUGGUCAAAAGAGAAAUGAAAGAUGAUAGGCACGUUAUGGACGGCUGGGAUAUUAACUCGGUUGAUCCUUGUACUUGGAAUAUGGUUGCUUGUUCUGCCGAGGGUUACGUUAUCUCACUGGAAAUGGCCAGUAAAGGGCUAUCAGGAAUGUUUUCACCGAGCAUUGGGAAUUUGAGUCACCUAAGAACAAUGCUGUUGCAAAACAACAAGUUGUCAGGUCCCAUUCCUGAUGAGAUAGGGAAGCUCCCGGAGCUUCAAACACUUGAUCUUUCUGGUAACCAGUUUGUCGGAGUAAUUCCAAGAUCUUUGGGCUCUUUAACUCAUCUAACUUACUUGCGGCUUAGCAACAACAAUUUAACCGGACCUAUUCCUGGAACCAUUGCGAAUCUCACUGGUCUUUCAUUCUUGGAUGUAUCCUUUAAUAACCUCAGCGGUCCUACACCGAAAAUCCUAGCAAAAGGUUACAGUAUUUCAGGGAAUGACUUUCUUUGCACUUUUUCUUAUGAACAAAUUUGCACAGGCGUUUUAAAACCAUUAAAUGGCUCAGUUUCAUCUUCUAGAGCCAGUGGAUACCAUCGUUGGGGUUUGUCUGUUGCCAUAGCAAUCAGUUCCAUGUUUGUGGUUUCUUUGGUUCUGCUUGUUGGUUGGGUGCAUUGGCACCGAUCUCGAAUUUUGGUAACAUCAUAUGUGCAGCAUGAUUAUGAUUUUGAAAUUGGUCAUGUCAAGAGGUUCUCAUUUCGGGAAUUGCAACUUGCUACGGGAAAUUUUAAUCCCAAAAACAUUCUGGGACAAGGAGGUUAUGGAGUUGUUUAUAAAGGAUGCCUUCCAAAUAAGUCCUUCAUUGCAGUUAAAAGGCUAAGAGAUCCAAAUUUUACCGGAGAAGUUCAAUUCCAAACUGAAGUAGAGAUGAUUGGUUUGGCACUUCACCGUAACCUCUUGCGUUUAUAUGGCUUUUGCAUGACACCCGAUGAGAGGUUGCUUGUUUAUCCUUAUAUGCUAAAUGGGAGCGUUGCUGAUCGCUUAAGAGAUGCUUGUCGUGAAAAGCCUUCUCUAGAUUGGAAUAGACGAAUGCAUGUUGCCCUUGGAGCCGCCCGUGGACUUCUAUAUUUACAUGAGCAGUGUAAUCCGAAAAUUAUUCACAGGGAUGUGAAAGCUGCAAAUAUUUUGCUCGACGAAAGUUUCGAAGCUGUGGUAGGGGAUUUUGGUCUUGCUAAGCUCUUAGAUAAAAGGGAAUCACACGUCACUACUGCUGUGCGGGGUACUGUAGGACACAUUGCCCCAGAGUAUCUUUCAACUGGACAGUCUUCCGAAAAAACAGAUGUAUUUGGAUUUGGCAUACUACUCUUGGAACUGGUCACAGGGCAAAAGACAUUAGAUGCUGGGAAUGGACAGAUUCAAAAGGGAAUGAUUCUUGACUGGGUUAGAACAUUGCAUGAGGAGAAGAGACUUGAAGUGCUAGUGGAUAGGGAUUUGAGGGGAUGUUUCGAUCCGAUGGAGUUGGAAAAAACAACCGAACUGGCUCUUCACUGUACUCAGUCACAGCCCCACCUUCGUCCAAAGAUGUCGGAAGUUUUGAAGGUCCUUGAAGGUCUUGUGCAGUCGGGAACCGAGGAAUCACAAGGUGGAACAAACAUUUCCGAGACUAGGGAGGGGAGCUUCUCCAGGAAUUAUAGUGACAUUCAUGAAGAGUCUUCCUUCAUCAUUGAAGCAAUGGAGCUUUCCGGACCUCGGUGAUCGAAGCACAAUUUUUCCCGUUCCCUUCCGUCUAUAACCGACUGUUGCACUCGAGAGCUCAUAUUUAUACAUUAUUCUUUUUGGUCCUAUUGUCACUGGGGAAUUGUAAGGUCCAGAGUCAUAUUAAGGGUUCCUAGCAUUCUGACUCAAGAUGUGGAGAGUAGUCCUUUGUUGUGUAGACUAUAUAGUUAGG